UCUGCCUCCUUGUAACAUAAAUCAAUGUUUAGAUACACAAGCUGAAGUUAGAAGCUGAUUGACUACCAUGCACAGCUGCACCAGAUUUUGCACUCUCCAGUUUUAGUAAAUCCACCCCAUUGAUGUUAACCUCCCUGGCGGUAUUCCCGAGUGUAGCUCGGGGUAAAGUUUCAGUACCACAAGCGGUAACCCCGAGCUACACUCGGGCUUACCAUGCGGCGCUGCUCCGGGAUCUGUUCUUCUCUUACCUUGUCCUGCGCUCCCGCGAUGCCCCCCCUGCAGUGUCCCCUGUAAUGUCCUCCGGCAGAUGCCGGCAUCUGUUUUCUGGGUUCCGUUCCCUGUGACGUCGGGACGUACGGGGACGGAAUGGCGGGAAAUUUAAAAAUGUGAAAAAGUGACAUUCACUAAAUACACUAA